UUCCGGAGGCAAGCCUGUUUGAAGCCCCGCCUCUUCCCCGCAUGCGCUGCGUUUUCUGUCACGUGACCGCCAAAUGGGCGGGCACUAUUGAAGGUGAUACCGCAUGAUAUUGGAAAGGGGGUGUGCGGGGGCCGCCAUUUUGCGGAGUGGGCGGCUCAUUUCACUUCCUGACUCCUUUCCCUGUUCCACCGGUUAUUCGCGGCGCCCUCUGGCCUCUGAGUCUUCUCCAACCCACAGAGGUUUUUUAAUUGCUCUGACUCCAGGACCUUCUCCACAACUAGGCCGCUUUCCCUGCCAGGUGUCCUUUUUGACCUCUUGCCUCUGACUCAAAAGGUCAGCUCAAAGGUUCCGAACUCGGGCCUGGGAUGUGAGAGGGGAUUGAGCCUAAGUUCUCCGACUCUUUAGCCCCGGGUUCCUAAGUCGCACCUUUCAGGCACCUCACUCUAGGUCUGAGCCUUCAUAUCCCAAACUUACGAGUUUCCACAUUCAGCGCCAAAGAAUGAGUUAACUCCUACUAACUCUCCACCUAAGCCUCCCGAGCUAACCUGCCCAUCCCGGCUCGUACCACAGAUCCGGUUCCGGAUUGAAGGGCCCCACCUUGUUAACCGACAGGUGCCUUAAGACGAGUCAGCCUCGCAGUUCCUGCUCCCACGGUUUCAAAUGUUAGCCCUGGUCCUUUCACACCCACUGCUCUGCCCCCCGCUUCUGGAAUUCAGCUCUUCAACUUUUAAAAUUUCCGUCCCUGAGGCCGUCCUCUUGGAGGAUCCCUCCCUCCCCACCUUCUGAACCCCUCAGCACCUCCUAUAGACCCCAAAAUGACUUCACCAAGCUCCCCUCCCCUAAAAUCACCAAUCCCUCCUCCAAGAACCUCUGCACCCCAAGCCAGCAGCAUUCCACCUCCUUUACCCCCAAGUCCCCUGGACUUUUUAGCUUUUCCAUCCCGUCCCUGGAGUCAGCAAACCCCGGUUCCCCCACCGCCCCCACUGCCUCCUCCACCCGCUGCCUCAGGGCCUGCUCGCCCUCUUGUCUUCGGCCUGGAGAAGAGCCAGCUCCUGAAGGAGGCCUUGGAGAAGGCUGGCCCGGUCCCCAAGGGCAGAGAAGAUGUGAAGAGGCUCCUGAAGCUGCACAAGGACCGGUUCCGAGGUGACCUGCAGUGGAUCCUCUUCUGUGCAGACCUGCCGUCCCUCAUCCAAGAAGGCCCUCAAUGCGGGCUGGUGGCCUUGUGGAUGGCAGGUACUCUCCUGUCACCUCCGAGUGGCGUCCCCCUGGAGAGACUCGUGCAGGUAGCCAUGGAAAGAGGCUACACGGCCCAGGGAGAGAUGUUCUCAGUGGCCGACAUGGGCAGGCUGGCCCAGGAGGUGUUGGGCUGCCAGGCUAAGCUGCUCUCUGGCGGCCUGGGUGGUCCCAACAGAGACCUCGUCCUGCAGCACCUGGUCACUGGACAUCCCCUGCUCAUCCCCUAUGACGAAGAUUUCAACCAUGAGCCGUGUCAGAGGAAGGGCUACAAGGCCCACUGGGCAGUGAGCGCAGGGAUCCUGCUGGGUGUUCCCGCUGUUCCGAGUCUCGGCUACACUGAGGACCCCGAGCUGCCGGGCCUAUUCCACCCAGUGCGGGGCGCGCCCUGCCAGCCACCAUCCCUGCCACAGGAGAGCUCCCCGGGAGCUGUCUACCUGCUGUCUAAGCAGGGCAAGAGUUGGCACUAUCAGCUGUGGGACUACGACCAAGUCCGGGAGAGCAACCUGCAGCUGACGGACUUCUCGCCCUCACGGGCCACUGACGGCCGCGUGUAUGUAGUGCCGGCGGGUGGGGUGCGGGCUGGCCUCUGUGGCCAGGCUCUGCUCCUCAGACCGCAGGGCUGCAGCCAUUAGCCAGGGCUGCGGUCCCAGGCUGCAGCCUAGCUCAGUCACCAUUUGAAGUGUGCCACCACUUCUCUAUGUGGGAUGACCCCAAGGUCUGAGCUGGGUCUCGGGCCUCCAGCCAAGGGAUCCUUCAUCAGGGCUACCCCUACUCCAUGUCUUCCAGGCCUGGGCAUUGUCCCAACCCCAGGGCAAGACCCUGUACCUGCAUAUCCCAUUUGAAUGUCACAUCGGUCCGUUUGUCAAUGGGGACCGCCUCUGUCACCUCACUAGAUAUCUAAGGAGCCUCCUGCCUGGACCCUCUGCUGCUCACAGGACAGGGAUACUACACUGUGCUAGCCUCAGCUCACCCCUCCUUAGCCCAGGCUCCUCCUCACGCUUGCCCCCUGCCAGUCAUGCUGGCCUUUCAGAUCCCCGGAGCAUUGGGUCCAUCCUCCAGCCCUCUGCUGCGAUCACUCCCUAACUUCUCCAUCGGGGCUCAGGUGUCACUACCUCAGGGACGAGUCCACAGCCCCAGUCUCGGCGUCCCUCCCCACCUCACAUCCUCACUGUUUUAAAGCUCAUCUGAGAGCAGUUAACUGCGUCAGUCCCUCUGUGUUAACUCUGCAGAUCUGGCAGCCCUGUACGGGGGGUGCUAGAUGCCCCUCAUUUGACAGAUGGCAGGACUGAGGCCUGGAGAGGUGGAAUCGCUGGCCUAAGGUCACAUGACUAGCAAGUGGCAGGGUCAGGAUUCAAGCUAAGUAGUCAGUGUCUCAGCCAGGUUGUGUCCUGGCUUCCUGAUUAUGGUGCUGACCACAAACUUCCCUAUCCACCCAUACAAAUAUCUAGUGAGUGUGUGUGAUUACUAGUUUUGCAAAUACCUGCCCCCUCCACUCUGAAAUAGGAGGAACAGGCCUGUCUUGAUCACUGCUGUGUCCCUAAUUGAGCCAGUCUCAUUUAGGGAAACUGUACAGUGCCGUGUUUCAUUUUUUUGUUUUUUGAGACAGUCUUAUUCUGUCACCCAGGGUGGAGUGCAGUGGUGCGAUGUCAGCUCAUUGCAGCCUCCACCUCCCAGGUUCAAGCGAUUCUCCUGCCUCCGUCCCCCAAGUAGCUGGGACUAUAGGCAUGCGCACACCAUGCCUGACUAAUCCUUUGUAUUUUUGUAGAGAUGGGGCUUUGCCAUAUUGCCCAGGCUGGUCUGAAACGCCUGACCUCAGGUGAUCCACCUGCCUCAGCCUCCCAAAGUGCUGAGAUUACAGGUGUGAGCCCCCCCUACCCAGCUACAGUGCAGUUUUUCUAACCAGUGACAGGGUAAACAGGAUGUGUGUCACCAUCCCAGCUCUGAUCAGCCUGCCUGUGCAUCCCCCAUGCCAGCCAGAGCUUGGAGCAGCCUUGGUCACCACUGGGUCCCCUGCAUUGCCCAGCACAUCCAGGCACAAGAGUAGCUGCCGAGGUACAGAUGUGCUGAGUGAGUGAAGUAGCCUGCUUGGAGCCUGCCUCUUUCCCAAACUGCUUGUUAUCUUGUUACUCCACCCAGCACUUUUGCCAAGAUACACUCCAGAUGUAGAAGAAAAAGCUUCAUGACA